UGUUUUGCGAGGAGAGAGCAAUAAUUAAUUUUUAUUAAUAAAUUAGCUGAAUCAGCUAAAUGCUUGAAAUUUAUAAUAGCAACGCUACGGUAACAUGGCUCGGGUACCUCUCCCAUACAGCCGCUGCACUCCGGAGUUAAAGAAUCACGACAAACGCGUUGAUAAUUUUGAGGUCACUUCAAGUACAUCAAGCAACCAGUCACAAACAAUAAUGGGACAAGUACAAGGAAUGAAUAAUGUAAUCAACCCCAACGACAAACUGCUUGAAGACACUGGCCGAGUAUUCUCUACUCCACAGCGAAAUUGGUCUACACAUACAGUACAUACUGCACAUUCAACUUUUACAAUUUCUUGUUUGACACAAAAAAAUGUCUCAGAAACCACAACAACUUCUACACGGGCAACGGACCAAUCAAAUCUAGGUUUUGGGGUGAAAAAUGGAUCUAAUAGCACUGAGGCAUGGAGAUAUAAUAACUCUGACAGAGUAGAGAAUCCAAUUUCUUGUUCCGAAUAUGGAAAUGUUUCUGGAACUUCUGUACCAAGCUCUACAAGGGUAACCAAUCCAUUCGCACAAGUAAAAGGUUUUGGUGAGAAAAAUGGAUCUAACAUUGAGGCUUUGAGACAUAAUAACACUGGCCAAGUAGAGAGUUCAGAGCAAAAUUCUACAUCUACACUUUCAACCCCCACAAUUUCUUGUUCCAAACAGGGAAACGCUUCUGGAACUCCAGUACCGAGUUCUGCAAGGGCAACCAAUUCAAUCAAACAAGCCAAAGGUUUUGGAGAAAAAAAUGGAUCCAACAGUACUGAGACUAAUAAAUACACUUUUACUGGUAGUAAUAGAGUAAUAUUCUCACAGUUCCCUUCGAAACCCAGAAAGUCUAAGGCUCAGUCUAGUGUUUCUGGAACUGUUAACAUAACACAAAGGAACCCAAAAAGGAAAUACCGAAAGCUUAUAGCUCAUGGUGUUCCUCAAGAGGAAGCCAGCAAUCUGUGCUUAAUGUCCUGGCCAGAUAUACUCAAAAAGUAUCCAUCAAUAUUUGAAUUAGUACCUGAAAAACGAAGAAAACAGUUAGCACCUGACAAUCUUCACAUAACUAUGAAAAUUCCUAAACGGACUAGGGUAACUGAAAACGCACAAGAUUCCCUUAGUAAGAAGGAUGGUCAGGGAUCCGCUGAGAUAUAUUUGGUACCGGUCUCUGCAAUCAGUGGACAGCAGUCUCUUAACCAGAAUACAGGUCCUUUACGCGUUGGAAUUCGAAACAAAGAACCCAUGAACUUUGAUCAAAUGAAAAUGGUCCACCGUCAUCUACUCAUAGCUAUAACUAAGCAGUUCACAGGCGGCGGUGGACCUGAGUUCCUGAGUUUCACACGAAAGCAAGGCUGGAUCCAAGUUACAUGUGUUGACCAGCGUAGUAAGGAUUGGCUUGUGGAAGAAGUACAAUAUCUAGAGCCUUGGCCCGGGGCCCUACUUUCUGUCAUACCAGAAGAGCAAUUACCAAAUCCACCCAAGGUUGUCACUAUGAUCCCAGAAUCAGAGGCAGGGUCGGUGAAAGAAGCCUUAGAUCUACUUAAAGCACAAAACAAAGAUCUCAAUACUGGGCACUGGCACUUGCUCCAUGAGAGAGUGGAAAAGGAUAAAAGCAGGACAGUAACCUUCAUAAUUGAUGAAAAAUCAUUUGAGACCCUGAAAGCCCAGAAGCUUCAAGCGGCCCUUGGCUUUAAGAUCGUAACUUUUAGAAUCAAGGACGGUGGAUCGCAACUUAUCCGUCAACCUGCUUCUAAUCACGAUCCUGUUAGUCCCGAUAGCAGUACUAUACUUGAAAACUCAGAUCUGGGCCUGACUUAUGCCAAGAAUAAUGUUGAAACCGAUCGGGAUCAACAAUCUUCGGUACAAGCUAAAGGGAACGAGAGAAGUGGUAUAGUAGACUUAACUGCCCCGGAUCUAGCUGGAUUGAUGGAUAGACCUCAAGCUAAGAAUAGGUUUGGAACAAGGUUUAGCCAGAAUAAAGGAGUUAUAGACUUGACAGAAAAUGAUAAAAAUGUAGUAUCUGGUAAGAACAGAUUAGGAGCUAAAGUAAUAGACUUGACAGAAGAUAAUAAUAAUGAAGGAUCUGGUAAGAUCAGAUCAAGAGCUCAACAAAAAUUUGGAAGUAGGCCAACUAUUCAGAACUUAAGACCAGGUGAUGUGAGGCUUGGACAAAGCAGUAAGGAAGUAAAUCAAACAGUCAGGGGCUCCCAAUCUUCCCAGGACAAGAACGGAGCACAUUUGACUGUAAACCUGGAUAGAACUCCAAGCCCUGAAGAGGGCGGGUAUAGCUCCUGGAUAAUUCAGGAACCCAACAGCUUUUCAGCAGGAAUAGUACCUGGACUAAGCUUUUUGAACUCGGGAGGACCUCCUCAAGUUUCAGGCGAUGAACCUGGGAUUCAAGAUGCAACUGGGGCUGAUGGAGAUUCUGGUAGCGCUCUAAGAUCAGAUAAGAGAUUAUCGCCUUCAGAGGAUUUAGAUGACCGAUUACCUAAAAGUUAUAGAUUGCCUGGCAAGAAUAGUAGGAAGAAAAAAAGAACAGCUCGAGAUAGACUUUCACCAAAUAUAGUAUCACCUCGAAGAGUUAGUCAAGAUUCGGAAAGAUAUGAUAGACCUGUGUACAGUCAGGAUAGUGGCAGGAGAGAUAUAGCAAACAGUUGGGAUUAUUGGGAAUACUCAACUAUGGGACAUCCAAGAUGUAUAGAUGAAUAUUACUAUUAUUAGGAAAGACUUUAGAACCCAUCAACGUGCACACAAUUAUGACGCAUAAAUAACACUUGCAAUGCGUGGGCUAUCAAAAUCACUGCAGACUUUUCUUGGUCUAACGCUAACCACGAUUAUUUAGCAGUAGCACUAGUGUGCACGUUAAUGGGCUAUGGUUGUGGAAACAAGUUCAAACGUCAGCACUCAGCAGUGACCGACGGGUCAGAUUUUUGAUUGCGGCAGUUUUUGUAGUAUUUUGAGUAUUUUCUCUUGACUGUGGUCUGUGGGGACCUUUUACAUCUCCAAAUUUAAUGUAAGGUGUAUUUGGGUAAUUUCGGAAAUCGGAUAAUCCCGAAAAAUCAUUAACCCUUUACCAGGCCCCGAAGAACCAGCGUGUCUUAAUACGUAUUUUAUAUGCUGUUGCAACCGUAUUGAACGCCUUGUAAAAAAUGUAUUUAUGAAAGUCGGAGAUCUUCCUCUAAACCAGAAAUAAAAAUGUGGGUUACGGUUAUCCCAUCGCCUGUCUAAGUAAUGAACUGUCAUACUAGAUUUUGUCUUAUUAUAUUCUUGAUCAGGCCAAGGGAUAUAUUCCACCCACAUCUUAUAUCGGUUAUAAUAGUCAAGGUUUAACUCCAAAUCUCCUACGAACCAUUAUAUCAAUCA